CAUGCACAUUCACCUCAAGCAUAGCUCAAACAAAAUCACAUAUCAUCAACCAUAAGCACAAUCAAACACCGACAUUGACUUCAUCAAAAUACUCAAGACUUGUAACUCUUGAAAGAACUCGUAUCUCCCUCAUCCGACGUCCGAAUUCGAUUUCGUCGACAUGGGGAUACUCCUGGGAUCGUCAGCUACCCCACCGUACCCCUUUCUUGAAGUAUGGUUGAGUUCGGCCAUGCCGAGUUCGUCGUCGGAGUCAAUGAUGGUGAUGGUUCUACUCCUCGUGGCCUGCUGUCUCCAUCACAUCUGCCAUACGAGAGACGGACAGGGACGAUGAUGGAGGCGAGUCCAGGAAACAGUGGCGUGAGGCUGCUGCUGAGUUUGUCGAUCGGGGAGGAGCGGAGUCGGUGCUGCCGCUGCUGCUCUUCUCCACUUCCGUUGUUGGGCGGUGAUGAUGGAAGGCGAAGAAGAAAGAGCUGAGAGACUCUGUCGCCGCUCUCAACGAAGCACUUGCUUCUGAUCCUUCCAAUUCCGAACUUCGCUCCGUUCAGGAGGAGAUAGUGCGGUUGAUCAAAGAUACAGAGGAUGGGCUGAACUUACGGCUGAGAAAAAGAAAGAGAGAGAGUGAGCAAGGGACUGGGAGCGACAAAAGCAGCAGAGCUCGCAAACCGCAAUUGAUUCUUUCUUUUUUUUUUCGGUUUGACUGCUUAUCUGUUAAAUCCUUUUGAUUUACGGAAUUCCAAUUGGGGAAUUGGAUGCCGAAAACUCUGAAGAUAGAAGAAGACGAAGAAAUCAUAGCUAGCUUUGCAGGAUUUUCUUGAUUAUGUUUGCUCGAGAAUAAAGGUUGAUUUGCCUU